AUGGCGAGAAGGUCCAAGAGUCCCACUCCUUCUAGUUCAGAUAACGAAAAAGAAGAUGACGAAGAAGAGGUUCAUCAUGAAUCAUCGAGAGGUAAUACUCCUCCCAGAUCCCCAACUCCAACCGAAACCAUCCAUACCAAAAUUCCAACACCACCUCCAUCCCCAAAACAUACAGUUGUAGUUUCGGUUCCCAUUGAUCCUCCACCCACUACUUCACAACCAACUAUUUCUUUACCACAAUCUCCACCAGUUACUACCAUUCCCAUUUCCACUUCACCAUUACCAGAUCCUAUAAUUUCACAAUCCACCACCACUACAAUUCCUGACCCAACAGUGGGAGUCAACGUAUCGGAUACAGGGGCCACCACUACUACAACCGAACCUCCGGUCUUCACUAAGCCUCUUUCCCCUACCAAAUCAAAUGAUUAUUGUGCCACUCUGGGAGGAGAGAAUGAUGAGUAUGACUCUACAUACUUCGGUCCAUAUCGCCUUCCUUCUGAUGAAGAUAAUGAUGAUCCUGUCAGCAGUCACCAUUUACAGGGCAUUCAUGACAAGCUGGAUCGAUUGCUUGAAGACAACAAGGCCUAUAGUGGUGUGGUUCUUAAGGCUUUUCUAGAGACUGCUAUUGAACAAUACACCUCAUCCAUUGAAAAAUCCACGUCUGCUAUUGAUGCGUCUACUUCUUCCUGUAAAAAGGCACUUACUGAUGUUACUGAGGUUGUUCAUACAACUCAGAUAUUUCUAGACUCCUUGAAAAAUCAUGCCAAUAUAAGUGCAGUGAAGAUACAAGCCUCUGUGGAUUUGUUUUCGAAAUCCCUUCAGGAAGAAAGCACCAAGUUUGAAGCUACGAGAUCAUCUCUUCAAACUAAGAACACUUCCUUUUUAAGUUCAGUGAAUUCUCGAUUUGCCUCUCUUCAAGUUGACCUCACAACUGAAAGUGCAGUAAAGGCAAAUCUUGCUAAAAAAGCCUCUACCAUUGAAGUCCAGAAGGUGCAAUUAGCCCAAGCAAAGAAAGAAAUUUCUUUGUUGAAGACAGAAAGGGCUGUAUUUCGGAGUUGUGCUGGUGAUGUGAAGGACAUGUUGCUCAAUCUCCUAGGUGCUCAUGAUCCCAUCCUGACUCUCACCAUCAAAAAUCAUCUUACCACCAAAUUGAUUCCUGCCCUUGCCAUGCUCCAUGAAAUGAAUGGUGUUUCUGAGAGGUUUGUACCUCCAAAACAAGGAGGAGAAGGUGUUCGUGUUGAUCAAACGAAAGUGUUUGUAAAGACAGAAAGUGAUCAACCGAAAGUAACUGUGAAAAUUGAAACAGAGACUGUUCACCCAACCGAACUAAAGGAUAAUGUAGCUUCAAGUUCUGGUCCAAAUGAAAAGGAAAAGCUGACUGCUGAUGACAGUGAUAGUAAUGUUGGUGAAACUAUUGCUGAAGCUCUUCAAAGUAAGAAGAGGGAACCAGAGCUAAAAGAAGCAGAGGAGAGGGAAAGGAGAAACAAGGAAGAAGAAGAUGCCUUGAAUUGUAAAAAGGCCUUGUUUCCCUUGUGGACAAAGGAAGUACUUGUCAAUCAAGCUAUACAGUUUCCAUCUGUCUUUUGGUUGGAACCUCUUGCUUUGUUUGACUGUGAUAAUUCAAAGGACUCACAGUUUGAUAUGCCGAUUACAAGGAAGGCAUUCACGUUCCAUUGUUUUGAUUCAACUGUGGAGCUUCCUUUUCCUCAUCCAAAGAUAGAUUGA